AAGAACAUACUGCAAAAUAGAACUGGAACUAAUGAUCCUUCACAGGAUUGUCAUGACAGUCCAGUGCUUUUGGCAUAACAAGAGGGAACGACAGCCAGGCACCUGACAGAGUGAUGAUUGCUAUGGUCAGUGCUCAGCCCUGUGGGUUUCAGCGAGACAAGUUCAGAAGCUGGGGACCUUUCCACUUAAUUAUUAAGCCAGAUGAUUCUAGAGGAAAUUGCUUCUGCUACAGAGGAAGAAGACACCAUCUGUCGUUUGGAGCCUGCGGCAGGAUGCUCUGGGGAUGUGGCUGACCUGCGAUCCGGGAGGGCCGCCCAGGGCCCCGCGUGCGUAGUCUCCUGGGCAUCCCGCGGGACAGAGAAGGCGCAGGAGUGAGUCUCCCGAGCCCGCGGAGCAAGCAAGCGGCCCUGGGCGCAGGGACCCAGGGCAGGGGGCUUCGCGGCGGGUCAGAAACAUUCUCUCCCAGCGGCCCCGCAAGAUGACCAGCCUGUUUCGCCGGAGCGGCAGCGGCGGUGGCGGGGCCACCGGGGCACGCGGGGCCGGAGCCGGGGCCGGGGCCGGGGCCGGAGAUGGCAGCGCGGCCCCGCAGGAGCUCAACAACAGUCGGCCGGCCCGCCAGGUGCGCCGCCUGGAGUUCAACCAGGCCAUGGACGACUUCAAAACCAUGUUCCCCAACAUGGACUACGACAUUAUCGAGUGUGUGCUUCGGGCCAACAGCGGCGCCGUGGAUGCCACCAUCGACCAGCUGUUGCAGAUGAACCUGGACGCAGGUGGCGGCAGCGCCUAUGAGGACAGCUCAGACUCUGAGGACAGCAUCCCGCCAGAGAUCUUGGAAAGGACUUUGGAGCCUGAUAGCUCUGAAGAAGAACCCCCACCUGUGUAUUCUCCACCAGCCUACCACAUGCACAUGUUCGACAGGCCUUAUCCGCUGACUCCCCCGACUCCACCUCCUCGGAUUGACAUGCUGGGCUCAGGACAAUCUGCAAGCCAGAGGCGCUACAGGAACUGGAACCCUCCCCUGCUGGGCAGCCUCCCAGAUGACUUUCUCCGCAUCCUGCCCCAGCAGCUGGACAGCAUACAGGGUCACCCUGGAGGCUCCAAGCCUUUGAGUGGAGAGGGAGGCCCACCUCUAGCACCUGGGCCUGGCACCUGUGACCAGGACAGCCGCUGGAAGCAGUACCUAGAGGACGAGAGGAUUGCACUCUUCCUGCAGAACGAGGAGUUCAUGAAGGAGCUGCAGCGCAACCGUGACUUCCUCCUUGCCCUGGAGAGAGAUCGACAGAAAUAUGAGUCCCAAAAAUCCAAAUCCAGCAACAUGGCUGUCGGAAAUGACUUUGGCUUUCCCUCUUCCAUCCCAGGAACUGGUGAUACCAACCCCACUGUGUCAGAAGAUGCCUUAUUCAGGGACAAGUUGAAACACAUGGGAAAAUCUACUCGCAGGAAGCUGUUUGAACUGGCCCGAGCGUUCUCUGAGAAGACCAAAAUGAGGAAGUCAAAGAGGAAACACUUACUGAAGCAUCAGUCGCUGGGGGCUGCCAUGUCAACAGCCAACCUCUUGGAUGAUGUGGAGGGCCAUGCUUGUGAUGAAGACUUCCGGGGAAGGCGGCAGGAGGUGCCCAAGGUGGAGGAAGCCUUAAGAGAAGGACAAUAAGCGGUGCCCACACCUUCACCUUGCCAGUGAUACUCUGACCUGGUGGUGACCGGUGCGCUCCAGCUGCAGCUGGGACACAUGGUGCUUGUGUACCAAGGCCCAGGGUUCUUCCGCCACAGUCCAGCCCAGUCACUGCCACUUUCCAUGGGAUGCAGAACUUUGGAGUUGCCAUCUUCUGAUGGGAGGAGAAACCUGGAGCUUUAGAGAUAGUAGCCAGCCACUGCCCCUUUGGUAGUCUGGCUCCUCCAUGGGCAAGGAGCAGAAAUGCAGGAACCACCCCCUCCCUCCCACAAACAACUAAAAAAACAAACAAACAAAAACCCCCAGAAUCGCCAAGGUUGCAGUUUGGGAACUGGCCCAUUGACCCUCUUUGGGUCUUUAGAAGGCACUCCUGCCUCUCUUCCCCACUCUCCUGGCCAGUGAUAGUUGGCCUGCCUGAUCUACCCUAUCCUCUACUCCCCGUGCCCAUUCUUUCCAGAGGCCUCCUGCACCUCAGCCUUGCCCCACUGCAGGGUCUUGGCUUGGACCUGCACCGUGCUCUUGGAGGGAGGGAGAGCCUUGGACUGUCAAGUCCUGUCAGGUCCAGCUCAUAGGGCUGCUUCUAUUAAGGGCUGGCUGUGGUCUCCAGCAGCCUCCCCUUCACCCAGCAGGGAUGGGGAGGGUGACCCCGGAGCUGGAGGAUUCUGUCUAAGCAGGGUCUUUUUUCUAAAAGCCCGUUCUAGAAUUACAUUACAGUGGGGGCCGUCAGGGACUCUGACCAUCCAGCAGAACCAGUCCUGCUGUCUUUUAAGACGGAGCUGCUGGAAAGACGGAGCUGCUGGAGAUUCCGCGGGGAAAGGGACCCCAACUCCCAAGUGAGGAGGUGCACGGCUGAGUGCAAGUUGCAGAGGCUGCCAGCCUGGGGCUCCCUACGAUCCUUAAGGGUUUGUCGGCUGCCCUGCUGCAGGCGGACAACAAGGUGAUUUGAAGAACACUCGGGACUCUUAAGAACUCUUAACCGGCACCAACCACUGCCAAGGGGAGGGAGGCAGGGCGUGUGUCCCACCCGUCCCUCGACCUGGGAACGGGCUGGGAAGCCUGGGCAGGCGCGGGGCCCAGGUUGGGCGUGGAAUCCGAAGCUUGGGUGGAGGGGACCUGGGGGGCUGCCAGAGACUGGGAGGAAAUGGGGCGUGACGAGGGUGAGCCUUCAGUCGUCCUGGGCUCUGGAGAGAGGCGCGACGAACGUGACCAAGUUUGGAAGCGUGCGUCGUGCCGGGGGCGCGGCACCCCAUCACCCGCCCAGCGUGGUCUCAAGGGUCCGUGACCCCUGGGAGGAGGACAGCUGCCCCCUCCUGGCUCCGGGGCCAGUCGCGACGGGGAGAGCCGCAGCCCCACGUCUGUGCGUGUCGCUUUGUUAGUUUUUCCUCCUGUGCGUGUUUUUUUCUUGGGGCUGUUUCAUAGGAAUUCCUGUAAUAAAGACUUGGUGUUCUCU